AGGCGGGACGAUCAGCAUUUUUUUUUUCAGCUAAGAGGAAAUCCUAAGGAAAUGUGUGGGAUCAUCAUGCACUGUGUUUUCAAGAGGCUAAUACGAUAUUGACUACCUGUUUUCAUAAUAAGACAGGUUUAUAGCGUCUGGUGACAAACACAACUGUGUUUAGAUAUAUUUAGAGGCGACGCAAACAGCGGAAGCGACCGUUGUUAGGUCAAAAUGUCGAUUCAGUACGAGGUGGAACAGCUGGCUGACAGCUAUGGGGUUUCGGACUCGUUCCCCAAAGAUUUCGGUUAUGGUGAAGAGGAGCCCGAUAUCGAGGACAGCUCGUCUCCGUCAGACAGCAAGCCGAGGAUCCUGCUCAUGGGUUUGAGGCGAAGCGGCAAGUCAUCCAUACAGAAGGUGGUGUUCCACAAAAUGUCCCCCAACGAGACAUUGUUUUUGGAGAGCACCAACAAGAUCUACAAGGAUGACAUCUCCAGCAGCUCCUUUGUUAACUUCCAGAUCUGGGACUUCCCCGGCCAGGUGGACUUUCUCGACCCCACCUUUGACUACGAGAUGAUCUUCAGAGGAACCGGAGCGCUGAUAUUUGUCAUCGAUGCUCAGGAUGAUUACAUGGAGGCUCUGGGACGGCUCCAUCUCACCGUGUCACGGGCCUACAGGGUCAAUCCAGAGAUCAACUUUGAGGUGUUUAUCCACAAAGUGGAUGGCCUUUCAGACGAUCACAAGAUUGAAACGCAGAGAGACAUCCAUCAAAGAGCCAACGACGAUCUGGCCGAUGCAAGUUUAGAGAAGCUGCACCUUAGCUUCUAUUUGACAAGUAUUUAUGACCACUCCAUCUUUGAGGCCUUCAGUAAAGUGGUACAGAAGCUCAUCCCCCAGCUGCCCACCUUGGAGAACCUCUUAAAUAUCUUCAUUUCUAAUUCAGGGAUCGAGAAGGCCUUUCUGUUCGACGUGGUCAGUAAGAUCUACAUCGCCACAGACAGCUCGCCUGUAGAUAUGCAGUCCUACGAACUGUGCUGUGAUAUGAUCGAUGUGGUUAUUGAUGUCUCUUGUAUAUACGGUCUGAGGGAGGAUGGCAGCGGCAGCGCCUAUGACAAGGAGUCUAUGGCGAUCAUCAAGCUCAACAACACAACUGUGCUGUACCUUAAAGAGGUCACAAAGUUCCUUGCUUUGGUCUGCAUCCUGAGGGAGGAGAGCUUCGAGCGUAAAGGAUUAAUAGACUACAACUUCCAUUGUUUCCGGAAGGCCAUCCACGAAGUAUUUGAGGUCGGAGUUUCCGCUCAGCGUCCUUUAGGCUCGCAGGCGGUUGGCUCCCCCUGCAACAAGGCGGUCGCGUUGAACGGCACGCCGCGCAACACCUUGUAAACACUGCUGCUUCAAUAACAAAGAAUAGAUAAAAACUUGAAAAAUGGAGGGAGGAACAAGGAAAGAUGGGGAGUCUGUGGAGGAGA